AUGUCUUCAAGUCCCAAGCGGAUUCCGCGAGUGCCUCAAAGAGCCAAUAGACCACCUCCGAUGGGGCCCUAUAGAGCUGAUGUUCAGCCGGGGUUGCGGGUUAAGCGCAAUGAGUUACCGCGACCUCGGCCCAGAGCAGGAGAAGGAACAGGGGGGUUUUUAGUCAGCCCGAGCGUACGGCGCGUAGCGUUCCGCGCGCGCCUCAAAGAGCCAUUUGACCACCACAGAUGGGGCCCUAAAGGGCUGAUGUUCAGCCGGGGUUGCGGGGUAAGCGCAAUGAGAUACCGCGACCUCGGCACAGAGCAGGAGAAGGAACAGGGGGGUUUUUAUUGCAGCUACGACUACCUAGAGAUCUCGGAGGUGGGAGUGGACAAUAGCAGCGAACAUGCGCAAGAAUGGCAAUUACAUGACCAUCAUGAAGCAUUCAAUUCUGAUACUGAGAUAUGGGAAGAAACAGAGACUCAGCUACCAGAAUCGGACGCAAUCAGCGCGGGCUGGAUGCGAGAUGCGCACGCGACUCGCGCACGUCGACUCUGCGGUGAUUGGAGCGGGAAACUCAAGUUACUGCGCUACCAAUCACGGGGCAACGUGCUGCGCUUGCGCUUUAGAUCCGACCACUCAAGACACUAUGCCGGAUUCCGAGCUAAGGUCACCGUCACUGAUUCGCAAUCUUGUAUGGACUCGAAGCAAGUUCUGUUCAAUGGGCACUGCUACCUGUUCUCCGGUUACCCGAAAGCUUCCUGGGCGACUUCAAAACAGGUAUGUGAGGGCCUGAACAUGCAUCUGUCAUCCGUCCAUUCUGCUGAUGAAGAGCGGUUCAUAGUGUCAGGCAUCCGACAAAGCAGCGAUUACAGCGCUGGAUCCGUUUACUGGUUGGGAGCCCGUCUAGACAGCGAAGAAGGGGAAGGUUUGAGCUGGAUUGAUGGAAGCGCUGUAGGAUUCCAAGGCUGGCCGCCUUAUAAUGACACCGAGGAAAUUGUGGACGCAUGUUUGGGUGUACAGUGGAAGUCGUCACCAAUCCCGUCUCUACCUAGUGGCUUGUUUUGGACCUUACACAAGUGUGGGAUGACAGGCGGGUACGUUUGCAAACGACGGCUGAACCCAGAGCACGUAGUCAAGAACAGAACGGUUGAAGGAAUUUCUGGAGUGCUAACGAGUCCCAAUCACCCUGGCAUGUACGACAAUGACCUUGACUUCUGGGUACACGUGGUAGGCCCUGAGGAUACGCGCUUAGUUUUUGUUUUUCAGAGAAUCGAUUUGGAAUAUCAAAAGGACUGUCUUUAUGAUUUUGUUGAGCUACGUGACCCAUGGAAUAUGAAGUCGUCAAGAUAUUGUGGUUCUGUUGGAGAAGCACGUUGGGUCGCCUCCACCAACAGAGCUGUGCUGUACUUCCAUUCCGAUUACAACACCCAAGGUUCAGGCUUCUCUGUGACAUGGCGAGCAGUAGAGCUAGUCGGAUGUCCAUCGCAGACCAUCACGUCAAAAGAGGGAGUCCUAAAAAGUCCCAACUACCCUCAUUUUCUGUUACCUAACCUGGAUUGCACCAUCGAUAUUCUGGCUCCGACAGGCAAACGGGUCUUCCUAAACAUCAGCUUCUUCGACUUUGGCUACGGAGUGUUUGCAAAAGGCGUGCCCAUCAACGUCACCGACACCAUUCCAGAAGACUCCUUCAUCGACGUCCAAAUCGACCUUCAGAACCCUCCCAUCAGGCCGUUCCUGAACCCCAACAUACUGACCAAUGGCCUCUUUGUGUCUCAAUCUGAAAUACUGCGACUGAGGAUCAAAACUGGCGAGAAUGUCACUGGACAAGGAUUUUUGGCGUUUUAUAAAACAAUAAGCUACCUGAACGCGUCUCACGUGUUGGAAGUAGCGUCGGGUGUGGGCGGUCGGCUGGCGGCUCCCAACUGGCCGCAGCUGGCGCCCGCGCGGGCUGCGCUGCGCACGCGUCUCGUGGCGCCGCACCAACACACGCUCACGCUGGCAUUCAGCGCUACAACGCUGGUCGCUACUGGAGACGGUCUUUGGCCAUGUGGAGUGGGCAGUGGGUGGAUACAGGUGAAAGAUAGUUACACAGACAACAACGGUACAGAAUGGACACUCUGCGAAGUUGACAGGAGCAAGAGAAAGCUGGAGCCACGUGCGCCGCUCGUCAUCAACUCGUACCUGCACUCGCUCAGCGUGACGCAGCAUGCUGGGGAGCGAGGCGUCAAUAUGGAUGUCUCACUUAUGGUGAACAAAGAUCCAGAGUACCACAGUAAAGUGCUGCUAAUUUCUGAGGAGACCAGCCUGGAGUCCUGCUACCCAAAUCCAUGUCUACACGACGGCAGAUGUGCUACUGAUGAUGGAAGAAGUUACUGCCAGUGUUCUGGAUACUAUGCUGGUUUAUUCUGCUUGGUGACGGCUUGCGAACGUUCGCCAUGUCUAUACGGGAACUGCACGCUGGUGGCCGAGGGUGCGGGGGGUGCGGCGGGCGUGGGGGGCGAGGGAUAUACGUGCGCAUGCGCGCGCGGGUGGCGCGGGCGGCGCUGCGCCGAGCGCGUGCGGCCGUGCGCCUCCAAGCCAUGCAACAACCGCGGUGCCUGCACCGAGCGGGACGGGGGCUUCCUCUGCCAGUGCAACCCCUCUUGGAAGGGCAAGAGAUGUGAGAUCCCAAACCCGUCUCCCAACAUCAUCAGCUUGGGCCAGCGCAUGCUCCAGGAACCGUUCUGGCUGGGCCUGAUCACAGUGUUCGUGGUCCUCGGUAUGAUCGGUCUUGUCUGGUGCGCCAAGCGUCACUUCCCCGAGAAGAUCGAGAAGCUGCUGGCCGAGGAGGCCGACCGAUGCGCUAGACCGGGCGUGCUGCACGACGCGGCGCCGCAUCGCACGCUGCUCACGCGGCUGGGUAUCCGCAAGCCGUCGGUGUCGGGGCUCGCGCCACACCCGCGAGCCGCGCGCACCUUUAGCUUGGACGAUCUGUUAAAGCCGCCGCCCGGACGAACACCGUCACCUCGUAAAAAACGUAACAAUUCCACUCCAACUAAGAAAAACGCCGCUGAGAAGAAACAAAUUUUGCAACAACUCAUAAGCCCUGCAACCACCAAUGACCAUUCAAAGAAGAUUACAAUGGGAGAUCUGAUCCAGAUGUCUGAGAAGCGGACGCUGAGCACAGUAGAAAGUGCGCCGGCAUUCAUGGACUAUGGAAAUGAAAACAAAGAAACUUCGUUUGCAAGUGAAGCUUCUACGCCGUCGACUUCGCCUUCCAUGAGACACAUAUCAGAUCCUAAAUUAGAAAAGAAAGUAACGUUUGCAAGACUACUGAACAAAGUGUCCGCUGAAAUGAGUUCCAGUUCUGACGUAGAUAUGGUGAACACUAUCACCAUUCCCAUGGCGGUGAUAGCAGAUAGAGGAAUGAAAGCGAAAGCGUCCAGUACUCCGCCCUCGCCGGGAGUCGAAGUGCGAUCUCCUCACAGCACAUCUAGCAACCAGGGAAGUGAUUCAAUGUCCAGUUUGGACUUGACGUUAACGCACACUGCAUUGAAGAAAUAUUCAAGACAGCCAAAAAUCUCAAGCGCUGACUCCAUACUGGCAAUGUUCCGAAACUUCUCGUCCUCGUCAGCUGCAAUAGUGUCACGAGCGUCAUCGGGAGGAGUCUCCGUGUCCAGCACGCCUUCAGCUUCAUCACCCCAGGACGACACAGUGGACGCGGACGAUAUAUCCAUAGCAUCUUCUCACAUCCCCUCACUGGCGCCAGACUCGCCCGUCACCAGGCCGCAUAACACUAUCGAGAUCCAGGUUCUGGACCCUCUAAGUGCACACAAAUCGUCAUCAUCAGGUAGCAACCUACUUCACCCACCGUCCAUACUACUAGAAGUACCAAGUGGGAUCAACAAAUGUUUGUCCCCGAUACGAGAACUGCCCACACCAUUACCAACACCCCUCCCAACACCCCUGCCUACCCCUCUACCGUCCCCUAGACUGCCAAGAGCUAAUAUCGAAAUGGAUGUUAAGAGCGAGUCUACCGCAACUGUCAUGUCACCCAGUGAAGAUGAGCUCGAUGAAAUUAAGUGUGAAACGAAGAGUGACAGACCAACUUCUGGUUUGCGGUUGAAGCUGCGACCGACAUUGCUGAGCACGGACACGACCACUACGACACCGACACCGUCGACUCAUGUGACGUCAUCAGCAAGCCCCAGCUUGACCCACAGCCCGGCGUCGCCCCCCGGCGCGCUGCCAGCACUACGCGUGCCGCUACUGCAAGUGCAGCGCGCGUCGCCCGGCUCCCCGCCGCCCCGUCGUACGCCCCCGCACUUAGAGUUCCAGCCACCGCCCCUCAUUACCGUCACCUACAACGCUAGCGAGGAGUCGGACGAGCCCAUGUCCCCUAGACCACCCCCACCCUCUGGCAACAUGUGCUACCUUAGUCCGUUCUCGAUGUCUGCGAGAGGGGAGCGAGCUCCUUCAGAAUCGAACUUAUCCUCGUCAGGGUACAGCUCUAUGGCGAGCCCUGGGCCUUCACGUUGUGGGUCUAGCAAUCCCUUGUGUCCUUCAGAAAUGGAAGACCCUGGCUCUGGUGGUGGCCCAUCCUGUUUUCAGUCCAGGAGACGGCCGCUCAUGAAGACUAACUCCAGCCCUGCAGCUUCCAAUGAUGACAGUAAGGAACGUAGGCGAGGACGAUCUGAUUCCGAGACAUUAUCCGACGACCCCCUGUUAGAAUCCAAUGACGAAGGCAUAGGGACCGACGAAAGAGUUGAUGACGUACCCACGAGCGCGAAACAGAUGGAACUAGUCGCGCUUAAGGAAACUUUAGAAAUUCCGCAAGCGACGCUGUGCUCUCCUAGCGGAGUGACCAAAUGCUCAAUAGUCAAAUGCGUUAGUGUCGAAAGAGGACUAGACGAGAAGGCCAGUUUGAGGCCUCCCACUUUGAUAACAGAAGGUAGUAGACCCCUGAGUCCAGUCAGUUCCAGGAGUGAGAGCCCGUUAAGUGACAAAACUGGUUUGGGAAGGUUUUCACCACAAUUUUACGGUAGACAACUGCCGUUUACAGAUUCUGAUGGGUUGUACGACUUUCCUAGUUCAGAAUGUGUGAAAGGUGCCAACAACAAGUUUGGCAGUAACUGUCAGAAGAAGAGUGGCAGGAAGCGAGACCGCAGGAACACGCGCACCGCCUCGCACGAAGUCACCGGCAGCACCAAGUCCACGCUGCCCCACAUGCCACACUCCAUGCACAACUUGUUGGAGGUGCCAGGCAGCCGUGACGGUGCGACGCGAGGACGCAAGGGCGGCAGACGACGGUCUCGUUCUCAGGCACCAGCACCAGCGUCAUCAUCAUCAUCUGAGGACUCUGUGUCCAACGCAAGCGUAGCGUCUGUGGCCUCGGCCAGGGAGCUGAGGUUGCCUGACAUGGACAUGCAGGACACGUCGUCUAAAAUAUCUUCGAGCUUGGAUCUAACUGAGGAUUCCAGAAAACCACCAAAAGUCAACAAAUUGCGGACAAUUAGCAAUCAGAUAAGAUUUCUCCGACGGCUAGAGCGCAGCUUGAAAAUGAAAGAAAGCUACCCAGCUCUUUCCGACGACGAAGGAGACGAGUCAUCGAGCGUCACUUCGCCUCUACUCCAAGGUCGGAAGGAGUUAGGCCGUCUUCCAAGCCACGCGAUAUCAGCUCCUCUACUUAGUGCAGUUAGGCCCAAAAUUACUAGACAGAGACGUUACGAUAGGUCGUUAGUAAGUGAAGACACGAGGACUUUAAAUACUGCCGCAGGUCAAGACAAUUCUGACUGA